AUGGAGGGCCAAAGGUUGUUGCUGUUCAACAACUUCAACGGUAGAGAAAUUGAAGUUCCAGCAGGAGUGGAACAUUCGGUUCUGGUUGUCAACGCUUUGGGCGAAGACGCCGUGGAAAGGGUCGUUUACGUCGGCCCUACAGCCGGUCUUCCUCCGGUUCAGCCUCGUGCUCCUCGUGCUGCCCGUGCCGCUGCGCCAGCCCCUGCUGUUGCACAGGCUCCUGCUGUUGCGCCAGCCCCUGCUGUUGCACAUGCUCCUGCUGUUGCACACGCUCUUGCUGUUGCCCCAACUCCAGCGGCCGCCGCCGGCGAACUGUUGCAGGAAGCUAGCGAUGAGUGA